AUGUCCAAGAUAGUAAGAUCUAUGAAGAAUGUUGUUGGGGGCUAUUCGUCAGCACAAGUUUUGGUGAGGAACGCCACUUCUAAUGACCCCACGGGCCCAACAACUUACGAUAUGGAGGAAAUCGCUUCGUGCACUUACCAAUCGCAAACUGAAUUUAUGGAAGUUAUGGAUAUGAUAGACCGUCGUCUCAAUGACAAGGGUAAAAACUGGAGACAUAUUGCCAAGUCAUUGACAGUAUUGGACUAUUUGGUGAGGUUUGGUUCAGAGAAAUGUGUAUUGUGGGCAAAGGAUAACAUCUACAUUGUGAAAACGUUGAGAGAGUUUAUUCAUCUUGAUGAAACCGACAAGGACCAAGGGGCAAUUAUCCGAGUAAAGGCGAAGGAAUUGGUGUCUUUAUUGAGAGAUGAUGAGAGGUUGAAGCAUGAGCGUGCAUUGGCCAAGCGUGGAAGACGUACUGGAACAUUUGACGAUGAUUUAGACAACGAUGAUUUUGGUGAGGGCGGCGGGAGGGAAAGAAGAAGGGAAAGGAGAAGAGAUAGAGGUGGCGAUGAGCCAUAUGAUGCUGAUUUACAGAAAGCGUUGGAGUUAUCGAGAAUGACUGCCGAAGAAGAACAACUUCGCGCUAGAGAAGCUGAGAAUGAUCCUGAAUUGGAAGCUGCAAUCAAACUUUCAUUGGAGGAGGAGGAAUUGAGGAGACAGAAUCAAAAUGCCAACUUGUUGGAUUUGAAUGAAGAUCAGCAACAACAACAGCAACCACAACAGUACUUUUUGACAGGAUAUUAUCAACAACCACAGCAGCAGCCACAACAAUUUUUCCAACAACCAACUCAGCAAUACCAACAGUACGAUAUGUUUGGUAAUCCAAUUCAAAACCCAAUGGACACUGGCUUCUACCAGAACCAAUUCGAUCAACAACAACAACAACAGCCCCAAUUCCAACCCAAUCAAUUUACAGGGUUCAACUACGGACAACCCCAACAGCAGGAGCAGUUGCAACCUUUGAAAACGGGCUCCAAUAAUCCAUUUGCGCUCGGAACCGACUCUGGAACAAACCAGCCCAAGUCGCAGUCUCAGACAUUGAAUGCGUUAGCAGAACAAAAGACACAAGAACAAUAUCAGCAACAGCAGCAACAACAACAACAAGCAGCACAACAGCAAUCUCAAUUCUUCACUCAACCUACCGCUCCGUUGAAACAACAAAACACCUCGUCGUCCAGAUUCAACGAGACUCACGAGUUGAAUGAUCUCUUGACACAAGGAACUGGCUUGGACACUUUUGGAAACACUGGGGCUACUCGUAUUCCACACCAGCAUACAAAGACCCAAAACUUCAUCAACUCCAGCGGUACCGGAUACAAACAAGUCAGCAAUGAUCAACAUAGGGUUAGUUCCAAUGCUACCGGCAAUCCGUUUUUGAACACUGGUAUUGGUUACCAACAGCAACAAGCUCCACAGCAACAACAGCAACAGCAACGAUUAAACACUGCUUAUACGGGCUAUGGGUUUGGUAAUGCGCAACAACAGCCGCAACAGUACCAAAAACAAGCCAAUGGAGAGGGUCCUAGCUUGAUAGAUAUCUGA